AUGAUCGGCUGUGUCGGCCAAGAAGUGGUGGCCGGCUUGUCGUGUGCCGGUGCCCUCGAGACGUCGAGACUCAACUUGCCGACUUGUGAUCAAUCUGUCCACGACGGCUGGUUGUUCGUCGUGCUAGGGUCGCUGAUCCACCUAAUGUCGAAACGCCAAGCUCCCUCCCUCAUCUCUGAGGCUGAAGAGCGAAGAAAACAACUCAUCGACGAGAUCUUGAGUGAUCAACGCGUAUUCCGGAAACAAGCGGUAGAGGAAUCUCCAAAACAACGGGACGCUAAACUCCAGCUCGCACGAACAAACAAAUUGGACGAACGUAACACGUGCCCCUGGGGUCAACAACACUCACUAACGGAAUCCAAUCUCUUUGAUGAACAAGAUAUCCCAAUCGAGAUUGUAGAGGAACACGCUACCCCAAUUGACGAU